AUGGUAGUAGCCCUGUUCCGCAAAUGGUUCCUUUCACAGAGACCCACUAAUUGUCAUCUGGCUGAUUUGGACACAAGAUGGAAUCCAAGAAUUGGGAUAAGACGUUUGAAAAGCUACCAACCAACAAGAUAUGACUAUCUCCAUUACGGGUUCAUGGGCAGUGUCUGGUUGUUCGUCCUUAUUACAAACCCUGCCCCUUUCAUCCUUAAACUAAUAUUCUACAGUCUUCUCAUUUUACUCUUCCUCAUCCCAAUAACAUCGCAAUUCUUCUUCAAUGCAUUACCAAUCCUCACUUGGUUGUCUUUAUAUUUUACCUCAUCAUAUUUCCCCGCAGAAUCAAGACCUCCCAUCACUGUGAAAGUGUUACCCACCAUAGAGACUAUGCUGUAUGGUGAUAAUUUAAGUGAUAUCCUAGCUACAUCCACUAAUAAAAUUUUGGAUGUAUUAGCAUGGAUCCCCUACGGUGUUUUCCACUUUGGUGCACCCUUCGUAGUGGCAUUCAUUCUCUUUAUUUUUGGUCCACCCACGAUUCUUCAUGGAUUCAGUUUCGCCUUUGGAUACAUGAACUUAAUCGGUGUCAUGAUUCAAAACGUUUUCCCCGCUGCACCACCAUGGUAUAAGAUCCUUUACGGACUGCAAUCUGCCAAUUACUCAAUGAAGGGGUCUCCCGGUGGUCUGGCUCGUAUAGAUAAACUAUUACAUAUAGAUGUCUACACAAAGGGGUUCUCCAACUCCUCCGUCAUCUUUGGUGCCUUCCCCUCUUUACAUUCAGGUUGUGCUACCAUGCUAGCUCUAUUCUUCGCAUAUUGUUUCCCUAGGGGGAAAAACAUCUUCAUUGCUUACGUUUGUUGGCUUUGGUGGUCCACAAUGUAUUUGACACAUCAUUAUUUCGUGGAUCUUAUAAUUGGUUCCGUUCUUUCAUUCGUCAUUUUCCAAUACACUAAAUAUUACAUGUUACCCAUAGUGGACACCGAUCUAUUUUGUAGAUGGUCAUAUAGUGAAUUAUCGAAAUACGACGUGAAAUUCAAUGAUCCUUUGAAUGUGGGCGGUAUCGAUGACGUGGAGAGCGUUCCCUUGAAUGAGAUUGACGUGAGAAGUCAAAGCAACGAUAGUGCUGCUAGUGUAACGCCUUCCAUUUUUGAUAAAGAAGUACGAUUCAGUAGAUCAAAUGCUACUUCGACUACAUCGUUGGGUAGUAAUGUGGAUUUUGCUGCUAAAUCUAAUCCAAGAUUGAAUGGUUCGGGCAAGAGAGCUGAUUGA